AUGAUGGGUACUGAAGAACGAAUUGUACACGGCGCGCAGCCAGACGAGAGCUGUUCCCUCUCAGCGCAAGACCGGAAAGAUACCCCCAUGGAAUGGCCCUGGCUUCGCAAGCACCUGAUAUUGAUUCAGUGCAGUUUCCUCGCGGUCUGUCCUGGUUUCACCAGCAGCAUUCUGAUCCCCGGAACCAAUGCCGUUGCCCAAGAACUGGGGAUCUCUUCUCAAACAGCGACAUAUCUCAUCGCCGUCCACGUCCUCUUCCUCGGGCUCGCUCCGUUCUUCUGGAUCACUUGCAUGAAGGCAUACGGCCGCCGUCCUAUCCUGAUUACAAGCACCUUGUUAUCGUGUUUCGCUGCGCUGGGCGGAGGGUUUGCGAAGACCUAUGGGGGUCUCAUGACCGCCCGUGUGUUCCAGUCCUUCGGCAUCUCCGCGGGGUUCGUCCUUCCCGGGGUAAUUGUGGUUGACAUCUUUUCGAAAGAACAGCGUGGUCGCAAGAAUGGGAUCUGGGCGCAAAUGGUGUCGAUCGGGGCUCCGCUCGGUGGAGUGAUCGGCGGGCCUGUGGUGCGCUAUGCUGGCUGGCGAUGGGCCUUGUGGCUCACAGCCAUCAUGAAUGCUGUGCAGUCGAUCGCUUUCAUCUUAACGUGUCCCGAGACUUCAGAUUUACAUCGCAGAUCCGGAAAUGCUAGGUUUCGAGUGCAACACGUCCUAGAGCCAUUUCUGAUUCUCCAAGCGCCCCAUAUCGUCUUCGUGGCAUUCGCGUAUGGCGUCACCUUUGCGAUUGUUUCUGUAGGAUUGGCAACGAUUGUGCCACUUGCUCUGGAAGACUUAUACGAAUUUGGCGCGGUCGCACAGGGUCUCUUUUUCUUGGGCCCAUUGGUUGGAGCCCUUAUCGGCGAACAGCUCGCUGGCCCAGGAAGUGAUUGGAUCAUGAAGCGCGAGCGGAGGAGCAGUGCUGCCGCUGCCGCUGCUGCUGGAGAUGCCGGUGGAACCGCGCAACGCUUGGAACGUCGACUGAUUGUUGGCCUUCCAGGAUUUCUGAUCGCCGUCUCAGGCAUCUUGAUCUUCGGUCUGACCUUACAAUACCGUACCCAUUGGAUGGGGCCCUGCAUGGGCUUUGCAGUGGCGAACUUUGGCCUUCAAUUGGUGACCACCCCCUCGAAAACGUAUUGCGUGGACUGUUUGUCUUCUCACUCGGACUCGGUGCUUCAACUCAUUAACACUGUGCGGCAGAUUCUUGCCUUCACCGUACCCUUCUGGAGCCCCAAUCUAGUGGAGCGUCUUGGAUAUGGACUAGGAUAUGGAAUCGAAGCGAUCAUUUUGGCCGUUUUCUCCUUGGGCUGUGUGCUGGUCCUCUGCUGGGGGGAACUUUGGCGAAAUCAACUGUCAAUUAAGAAACUGGAAGAUACCUCUUGA